GCAAGGGAAAGAGAUAACAAAAAUGGCGGUCCUCUUGUUUACUCCAUCUUCAACUUCAAUUUCUUGCUCAACUACUUCUGUAAAUUGCAAAAAUGAUCCAAUUUUCAAUGCUCGCUUUCCAAAUUCCUGUGGUUUCGCCAUCGCUCGCCGUCCCACCACGGCCUUGCACGUGUGUACUCCUCCUCACCACCCUGGAUUUAUCUCCGUCGACAAGGCGUCGUUAAUCGUCGACGAGACGACGUCGGAUGAUCAGCUUUGGGCCGCCGCAUGUCUCCGUGUCCGCUGCUUUUAUGAAUUUGAGCCCAAUACUUUUGCCGUCCAAGAUCAUACAAGGUACUUGGCCGAGCGUGAGUUUGAAGCGUUAAAGGAACGAGUUGCAGGGAAGAGGACAGGUUUUACAAGAGUUUCCUGCAUAAAUGCUACACUGCCUUUGUCACAGCUUUCAAGCGUCUCUGAAGAUUUAUGUGCUGCAUGUAAGUAUAGUGAUGAUGGAGAAGACCGAGUAGUAGUUGGGACCCUUGAUCUUAAUCAGUGUAUUAGACUUCCUGACGAAAUUACAGGAAAGAAACCAGAGGGGAUUGGAGCUGAUUUUGCAAGGGCAUACCUAAGCAAUGUAUGUGUAGCUAAGGAACUUCAAAGGAAUGGUUUAGGUUAUGAAAUUAUCGAAAAGUCAAAGACAGUGGCUCAGGAAUGGGGCAUAACCGAUUUGUAUGUUCAUGUCGCUGUGAACAAUGAACCGGCAAAAAAAUUGUACAUGAAGAGCAGUUUUGUCUUUGAAGACGAUGAGCCUGCAUGGCAAGCCAGGUUUCUAGAUCGGCCUCGGAGGCUUAUACUUUGGUUUGGCCUCGCAAGCACGCCUUCGGCUUGCAACGGCUUUCUGAACGAUGGAACGCGGUCGCUGGAGUAAGCGAUGCCCUGUGGGACAACGGCAAAGCUUGUGGAAGAAAGUAUAGAGUGCGAUGCAUCAGAGGCACCAAUGAGGCUCCACAUCGUUGCCGCUCCGGUAUCGUUGUAGUUAAAGUGGUUGAUUUUUGUAAA